CCAACCGAUCUGACCUGACUGCUAUCCCUAAUGGUACGUGAUAUACCAACAAGAAGUUACUAAUUGAAAGUAAAAGGUCACUGCUCGGGAGAAGAGAAUGAGAAGCAAAGAGAGCACUCAGAGGGACCUCUGUUCCACCUCUCCGCCUGGUCCCCAUAUUGAAGGGGAAAUCCAAUCAAUUCGGUCCAUUUAGAUUGCUCCUCGCUUCCCCACUCCUCCCCACUGCAUACACAGAUGCAACACCUAGAACAAUUAAAGAGGCAACAACCUACCUCAAAGAAAGAACGACACCAAGGAGGAGGAACAAAUGCCUGCCUCACUAGAGAGACAGAGAGAGCGGCAAUAAUAGGAUUCACGAGAUGGCUGUUCCAAAUGUCAUGGCUCGCUCCUCUUUCCGCCACUAAACAAUGCGAAAUGGCAGAUUCCCAAUCAUCCUUUCCCCUCCACUGGAGACACCCAUCCUUGCUCACAAUCCAUCCCUUUCAAACUUGGGAAGCAGAGCUAUAAACCCAAUCCACCACCUUAAAUCUCCUCCCACCCCUCCCUUAAUUCAGUUCCAUCUACCAACCAAACCUCCAGACCCAAUUGCACCUCUUCCCUCUCCAAAUGAAGCCUUCUUCUACCACCGUCAAUAGCUUCUGCUCCUUCCUCACCCAUGGCCUCGACGAUCUCGAUCGCUCCUUCUCGUCGAACGCCUUCAUGUCCCUCCAAUUCCUCCAGCAUGCCGUGGCUCUCCUGCGCUCCCUCCACUCCCACCUCACCCACCUCGUCCAGAAGCUCCACCUGCCUGUCGGUGAGAAAUGGCUCGACGAGUACAUGGACGAAACCUCCCGCCUUUGGGACGCCUGCCAUGUGAUCAAGCUCGGCAUCUCUGGCAUCGAGAAUUACUGCUCUGCCGGGGCCAGCAUGGUCUCCUCCCUCGACGAGUGGCGCCGCAAUCCCACUCCCCACCUCACCCGUCAGGUGAUGAGGGCGAUCUCAGUGUGCUGGAGAAAAGCAGUGGGCUUGGAGGAGGAGAACAGGUUAUUGGUGGAGACGAGAGUCGAGCCGCUGUCGCUCCGGUUCGACGACAGGGCACUCAUGGAGUCCAAACUCAUUGGUUUCAAUGGCUUCAGGGCAGUGCUGUACGCGUUAAGGAAUGCGAGCUCCUUCCUGCUCAUGAUCUUGCUGUGGGGAUCAGUCUCCUCGUGGCCGGAACCGAGCCGCCACCGCGCCGCCAUCGAGAGCUCGCUCUUCUUCGUGUCCGGAUACAUGGUAUCGAUGUCCAGGCUGCAGCAGAGGGUGGCGGAGGAGAUGGAAGGGAUGAGCGGCCGGCCGAGAAUUCUGAUGUAUGAGUUCCGGAGGGCGAAGGAAGCAACAGAGGAGCUGAGGGAAGAGCUGGAGAGGGGAGGGAGGACGGGAUGUGAGCCUGAGGGGAUUGCAGGAAGUCUGAGAGAGAGGGUCGAGGGCUUGAAGGGGUGGUUUGGGAUGUUGAGGUCUGGAAUUGAGAGCCUUGCAGGACAAAUGGAUGACUUCUUUGAUGACAUCGUGGAAGGCAGGAAGAAGCUCUUGGAUCUGUGCAGUCACAGGUAGGUUGGCAGAUGUCUUUGAGAUAUUCCAGCAAAUAUAAAGU